UCAGGCUUGUGUGCAACAUGUAUUUGUGUCCUCUCGGCUCUGUUGAAAGUCAUGGCGGGUCCUGACCUGAUAAAAACUCUCCUGUAUACCGUCAAUAACCUCCUGCUGCAGGAGAAAUAUAAAGCUGCAUUGGCGGUUUUAAAAGGAUUCAGAAACGGCGCCGUAUAUGGGGCCAAAAUCAGAGCACCACAUGCCCUGGUAAUGACAUUUCUAUUCAGAAGUGGCAGUUUGAAGGACAAGCUCAAAGCCAUUUUGAAGGCCACAUACACCCACUCCCGCAACCUGGCAUGCUUUGUGUUCACAUACAAAGGGCUGCAAGCCUUGCAGGAGAGGGUCCAGGGAAAGACUCUGCAGUCUCACUCCUUUCUCGCUGCCUGUGUUGGAGGAUGGUUAGUGUUUGGAGACAACAACAACAUCAAUAGUCAGAUCAACAUGUACUUGCUGUCCAGGAUCCUGUUCGCUCUUUCCCGGCUCGCUGUAGAGAAAGGGUUUAUCCCCCAGCCUAAACACGACCCUUUCCCGCUCUUCGCCACGCUGGUGUGGGGCAUUGUCUUGUGGCUGUUUGAAUAUUACCCACACACCCUGCAGCCCUCCCUGCAGUCCUCAAUGAACUACCUCUACCACGACAGCAAUGUGUGGCACGACAUCUCAGACUUCCUUGUUUAUAAUAAGCCAAGGACUGCUGCUCAGAAAUGAAGCCUUACGUUUUUUUUUCUCCAAUACGGACCAGCCCUUAUAAUACAAUGAUUUCAUUAUUAUUAUUUUUUUUAAUAAUUAUUGAUAUCAGAAUAAAUCUGAUUCUGAUUCUGAUAUUCCAAAUAACAUUGCCUUUUUAGAUUUAUAGAUGAAAGUUUGUAUCAUAGUUUUUUUUAAUUGUUUGAUUCAUUCUUAUGUAUUUUCUUGCAGCUGUCAAAGCUAAUUUUGUUUGACACCAGAUUUACACAUGAAGAGAUACACCAGUAUAUUUAUAUAUCCAGUAUGAUUUUCCUGUUGAUAUUUGGGUGAUUGUGCAUUUGUCUGAUUUUCAUUUCCAAGAAACGUGUCAAUAAACUACAAGUGCCACAGAAUAAAAGACAAAACAGACUGAAA